AUGUCUCUGAAGUUUUUCUCCCUCGCUCUUGCGGCCGUCGCAACUGCGUCGCCAUUCGACUCCAUGGCGAAAGCCACGAACGACGACCCUUACGAGGCAUGCCAGCCGCAAGGAGCGACAGGCACAACUCCACCAGCAGUCGGCACAGAGCUCAGCUCGCUUUAUACCGACAUCCUCUCGUCGAUUCAGGGCAUCUCUUUCGACAAGCGAUCUGUACACGGACGUGCGGACGGUUUCGGGUGCCGUCAGAGCCUAGACUGUGUCAACGUAAAGAACAUCAACAUUCCCAUGUGCUACGACAAGUUCACCACCAACUUCCAGUUCCCAGACGGAUCUUACGGAAAUGUCGCUGCCGGAACCUACAGCUCCGGCGGCACCGAUGUCAACCUCGUCAGCGGAGAUUACACAAAGGACGGCCAGAGCGCCAACAUCUACGCGAACAACGAGGCUGAGAAGCCAAACACUUCGACCCUCUCGGUCCCUGCACAGUACACCGGUACUGGUGUUGGUGGAGCGGUCCCAGUCACAGAACUCGGAAAGGUCAUCGUCUACACAACCACUGUCCCGGCCGUCACAUACUCGGCGCCGACAACUGUCGCGGAGACUGUCGAGACGGCGACUAUUAGUGGAGUAGAGGUCAAGACCACCGUACCCGCUACCACCGUUACGCAAGCCACAACAAUCGCCGCUAAGACCAACGUUGUGACACAAACUCCCGAAGCUUCCGAUGCCUCGCCGCAAUCUACUGGAGCCGCCGGACAGGUGUCUAUCGACACAACAAGAUCCUUUGGAAUGUCGGUGGUCGGUGCUUUGCUAUACGCACUUUUGUAA